CCAUAUGUUCUUUGUUCUUUCACCAAGCCCGAGGUAAAUGGCCAGCUACCUGUGGAGAAACAAUGCUGCCACAACUUCAAUAAGCAUCUCUCUUCUCAAUGUAUCACUGUAGAGCACACAUUUGAAAUGAUGGAGAGCCAUUUUCCAAGCUUGAAAGACUUGCUACCCGAGCAUGACAUUCAUGACACCUACUGUGUAGUAGAAACAUUGCUGACAUUAUACAAUCUCUGUAUCAACCUGGGUGACUAUCCAGAGUAUAUUCCAUUCUUUGACAACACUGAUCCUGAUCGUGACAACAAG